AUUACACAGUACUGCAGUCUACCUCGCCACUAAACUAAGUAGACUGUAUACAAUGAGCAAGGCAUCUAUAUACCAUUUUGUCUCUUUCUUUCCUUCCUCUCUAUAAGAAGCAGAGAAUAUCUCAGCAGCUAAGACAAAACAAUUGAGAGUUUUAUAGAUUGAGAUCACCCUUCCCAUGCCCAUGGCAGCGCUUAGCUUUUCUGUCAUGUCCACUUAUGCAAUUCCAAGGCUGCCAUCUUCAUAUCCUCCUCCUCUCACAAUUUCUCAAAGGCGGUCCAGAGAUGCAAAACACCAUCUUUUGAUGAGCUCUCCAGGGGCUUCUAAUUUCAAGUUCAUCGAUGAAAGGAACGGAUUCAAUGGAAGAACAUAUCAGAAAGUGAAACGUACAAGUGGAUAUCUUCUUGAAAAUGCCUCAAAUGUUGCCCAAGAUAACAUAGAGGAAAACUCAUUUGCUUCGAUGUGCAUUGAUGAUGAUAUUGCAACAAUAAGAUUGUUGUUCUCAGAUAUUAAGAGAAGACACACAUCUCUUUCUGCUUAUGCUACAGCUUGGGUAGCCAUGGUCCCUUCUUUAGAUAACUCAAAAUUACCACAAUUUCCCCAGUGUCUUUCAUGGAUAAUGGAGAAUCAACUUUGGGAUGGAUCUUGGGGAUUAUUAGACUUGCCUUAUAUUAAGGACCGCCUCUCUCACACUUUGGCAUGCCUUAUAGCACUUAGAACAUGGAAUGUUGGCUCUGAAAAUGUGGAAAUGGGCUUGAGAUUCAUAAAACAAAAUAUUGCAAAGAUAGCUAGUGAGGACAAAUAUAAUCCCCUAGGCUUUGAUCUGAUCUUCACUGCCAUGUUAGAGGAUUCAAGAGGCUUGUGUUUGGAACUCCCUUAUGAUUCACCUCCUAUAAAGAUGAUGUUCACUAAGCGAGAAAAAAUCCUUAAAAGCAUUGGAAUUAACCAUAUGAAUGAGUAUGACCCAUCCCUCAUUUUCAUGGUUGAGGGUAUUCGGAAGAUAGUUGAUUGGAACAAAGUUUUGAGACAUGAGAACAAGGAUGGAUCGCUCUUCCAUUCUCCCUCUACAACUGCUUGUGCUCUAAUGUACACUAGAAAAUCUAGCUGCCUCAAGUAUUUGAAUUCAAUGCUAGAAGAUUUGGAAAAUGGAGUGCCUAGUGUUUAUCCUAUAAAUUUGGUUCCUGGUCUCUCAAUGGUAGACAGUUUGGAAAGCUUAGGUAUAGCAAGACAUUUCAAACAUGAGAUAAAACAGGUUCUAGAUGAUGUCUAUAGAUUAUGGACAGAGAGUGAAAUAAUUCAAGGAAUAUCAUCAGCAUCAGACAUAAUUAACCUGUCCACCAGUUUCAGGAUCCUACGAUGGAAUGGAUAUGAUGUGUCUCCAGAUGUCUUUCUCAGUUGCCUAAGGGAUAGUGACUUCUUACUAUCUCUAGAAAAUAGUGGCCAAGCUAUUACAGCAUUAUUGAAUUUGUAUAGAGCAUCUCAAUUGAUGUUCCCAGGUGAAACAAUUCUUGAAAAAGCAAAAUCCUUCUCCCAAAACUAUCUUGAAAAUAUCAUGAUGGAUGAACAAAAUAUAGCCCACAAAGACCUUGAAAAAGAGGUUAAGCAUGCACUAGAUGUCCCUUGGAUAGCUAGUGUGGACAAAAUAGAACAUCGCAGAUACAUGAAAACAUUUCCUUUUGAUCAUGUUUGGAUUGGAAAGACAAGUUAUAGGAUCCCCUUUAUAGGCAAGGAUUGCCUUUUAACUUUAGCUACAAAAGACUACAAUAUCUGCCAAGCAGUUCAACAAAAGGACUUACAAGAGUUGGAAAAAUGGAGUGAAGACUCGAAACUUGGUGACCUACACUUUGCUCGACAAAAGCUUAUAGCCUGCUAUUUUUCUGCCGCCUCAACACUUUUUAGCCUUGAAAUGUCUACUGUCCACAUUGCAAUUCUCAUUACAGUAAUGGAUGACUUUUUUGAUGUGGAGGGUUCCACUGAAGAGAUUCAGUGCUUUGUUGAAGCUAUUAGGAGGUGGGAUCCAAGAGGUGUAUGUAAUUCUUCAGACAAUGUGAAAACUUUAUUCUCUGCAAUUUAUAACACUAUCAAUGAUAUUGCUCAAGAAGCUUGGGGUUUCCAAGAACGGGACAUAAGCACUCAUUUGAGAGAAAUUUGGUACAGAUUGGCAAUCUCAAUGAUGAAGGAGGCUGGAUGGAUGAAAAUUGGAUAUAUACCAUCGAUGCAGGAAUACAUAAAAAAUGGAGAAAUAACAAUUGCCUUGGAACCAAUUCUUUUUACAUCACUUUAUUUUGUAUAUCCUAAACUUUCAGAGAAAACCAUCCACCAUCCUGAGUACAACAAUCUCAUGCAGCUUGUCAAUACUUGUGGGCGCCUUUUGAAUGACAUUCAGAGCUAUGAGAGGGAGAUCAAGCAAGGAAAGCUCAACUCCAUGUCAUUGUUCAUGAAAGAAUAUCCAACAACAUCUAUUAAGGAUGCUACUAAGUGGAUGAGGCUAACCGUUUCUGAAAGCACACAACAAUUACUCAAAAACUUGCUGCAACCAAGUGUUCUCCCUCGGGAUUGUAAGCAAUUAUAUUGGAAUUUGGUCAGAAAUAUCCAAAUGGUUUUCCUCAACACUGACGAAUUCACAUCUCCUAUUGUGAUGCUUGAACAUAUAGAGGCAGUUCUUUUUGAUCCUCUAAUAUAAAUUCUACACAAGUGUGUCGAGAUAAUAUCAACUGGCUCUAUCUAGAAAUUGUAAUCUCUAAGUUAAAAUUCAA